UGUCAUGCAUUUGACAGUGACAGACAUCAAGAAAACAACAAAAUUCGUCCGGUAUUUUCGAGAAUUUCCCGAUUCCUCCCAAUUUUCACAGUAAUUAAAAGAAAAUCCGUUAAAAAGUAAAAUGGUGGACUACAGUAAGUGGAAGAACAUCGAGGUGUCAGACGACGAGGACGAGACCCACCCUAACAUAGACACCCCCUCGUUGUUCCGAUGGAGACACCAAGCCCGAAUGGAGAGGAUGGAGGAGCGCCAAAAGGAAAAAGAGGCCCUCGACAAAAAGAAGCUGGAGCACGAGAAAAAACUGAAAGAACUAAACCAAAAACUGCAAGAAAACAAAACAGAGGAGCUGGAAAAGCAGCUGAAGCAACUGGAGCUCGAGGGCAAGAAGCUUAAGGAGGAAAUAGAGGAGUUCCAAAAGAAAGAGAAGCUGACCCCCUGGAACGUGGAUACCAUAAGCAAACCGGGCUUCGCCAAGACCAUUAUAAACAAACUGCAGCGCCCGGUGCAAGAAAAUUUAACAGAAGAAGAGAAGGAGCAGCGCAUGAAGCAGUUUAUCAAAGAUAACGAAAAAGACCUGAAGCACUUUGGCAUGUUGCGCAAAUACGACGAUUCCCGACAGUUCCUUAAGGCCCAUCAGCAGCUUGUCUGUGAAAACACAGCAAACUACUUGGUCAUAUGGUGCAUCAACUUAGAAAUGGAGGACAAACAUGAACUUAUGUCCCAUGUAGCCCAUCAAACUAUUUGUAUGCAAUACAUCCUGGAACUGGCCAAGCAGCUGGAUUAUGACCCAAGGGCCUGUGUUGAUGCAUUUUUCUCAAAAAUCCAAGUGGCCGAAGUGGAGUAUAAGAAAUCAUUCGAGGAUGAACUCGAGCAAUUUAAAGAGAGAAUUCGGCGCAGGGCUGCUGAGAAGAUUGAACAAGCUGUAAAGGAGCUGGAGGAGGAGGAGAAGCAAAAGAGGUUGGGCCCCGGAGGCUUGGAUCCGGAAGAAGUGUACAACUCCCUGCCGGAUGAGUUGAAAAAGUGUUUCGACUCCAGGGAUGUAAAGUUGUUGCAAGAAACCAUUUCGAAAAUGGAUGAGGAGCAGGCCAAGUACCAUAUGAAGAGGUGUGUUGAUUCAGGACUUUGGGUACCUGAGGGUGGCAAAAAAGGGGAUGCGGAAGAAGAGGAGUCUGAGCCAGUGUAUUCUGAAGCCAAAUCUGAUUAAAUUAUAUAUUUUAGGUUAUUUAAUAAAACAUUUAUUCUU